CUCUGGCCCGGUCGGGUCCCUACGGGCCGUGGUUUUUGAGCAUCAUCCCCUCAGCACUGGGGUUUACACGGACGAACACUUCAUACGAACAAACUGCUGUAAACUCACAAGUUUUGGUAGAUUUUAUAUGGGUUUAUGAGGCCCAAAAGAGGGAAUUGAUUUUUUUAGCACUUGAGAAAACAGUAUUAGAACUGAGGAAUUUUACUUACAGAUGCACAGUGCUGUUGAUGUGCUUUACUAAACUCUCCUUCAUACAUGACAUUUAUACAACAUGAGUUUUAACAUGAAUUAAACACAUAAUUUGCUUCAAAGGGGUUUCCCUAGAUAACAACCUCUUAUUUUGGAUUAUCAGGUAAUAUAAGAAUCCCCAUCCGGGGCUGUUGCUGCAAUAACCUCCCAAAACCUCCCUUCGCAGCCAAGCUGUGUUUAAUCAGACUUUAUGUCUUUGACCUGGGCCAGGGAAGACAAAUUUCUCUGUACAAGUAGAAUUAAUAACAGUUUAAAUCAUAUUAUACGAGAUAAGGCAUUCUGAAUAUAAAUUAAUGCAUGUGGACUGUGUUUUCCAAGCAGGAGCUGUGCAGAGGAUGGGACGUCCUCAGUCUACUGGAAUUCUACAGCAUGUAAAUAAAACCCAGCUGGCAUUAAAAACAACUAGCUGAGAUAAUUCCUUAGAAUUUUCCAAAAUCUUUUACAGCAUCCCCUAUUAUUUUUAAGAGCUUUUUCUCAGUAAAAUCCUCCAAGGGUCAAAACUGGCCAGGGGACAGAAACACAACAAUGAUUUUGAGGUGAAAGGAAGAACAGAGGGAAAGAUUUCUGAUCCCACCAUCAGCUGCUGGUCCUGUGGAGUGGAUUUGAGAAGAGAGAAAAUGUUCCUGCCCCAGAGGUCUCUGCAGACAGUUACAUUUUUGGCAAUUCUUUUUUUUGCCUGUUUUGCAACGUGUCAAGAGAUUGAAAACAGAAGAGCAGUGACGGAGCACCAGCUCAUGCACGACAAAGGGAGGGAGUUCCAAGGGCUGAAGCGCCUGCUGUGGCUCCACAACGCCCUGGGCACCGUGCACACAGCCAGCAGCAGGGACAUCCCACCUCCAAAUGCCACGUGGGAUGUGCAGAAGAGCCCAGAUCCCUCAGAUCUCCACAACAGCAUCGAUGGAGACAAGACUUCCAGCCUGAUAAAGCAGCUGACGGAAGCACAGAGAUUCCUCCCGUUAAAGCAGCUGGAUUUGAAGACCCCAAAGGGUAACUGGAACCCACAAGGCCUUUUUGAGCUGCUCCAAACCAAAGAGCUGGGCAGCAAGAGAAACCCCAGCACGCAGCCACAGGACUAUUCCCGUUAGCCCUCAACCCACCCUGGGCUGUCCCUUGCUUUACACGUGUGCUCUUGUAGGGAAAAGCUCCAGCACAAAGGUGAACUGCAAAAUAAAGAUAAUUAAUUGCAUUAACGCCUCCAGAUGUUGAUAGAGACCCUUAUAAGGAGCCAAGUUCUCCCCUGAGCAGCUGAGUGCUGUGACUAUGAGAUGGGUCACUUGUCACAGGCACUUCUCUUUUCCAUCAGGGCCCUCCCUGUCUGUCCUGGAUAUCUUAGGGGUGCUGCAGCCCGUUGGAUCUCCUGUAGCCCACUCAGCAGGAACUUUGAGUCAUUAAUGUGCAUAUUUGGAGGCUCACUGGAGCCUAAUGUUUUGACUCCUGAAGAAAGUUAUCUCCUAAUACAGGUUCUCUUCCAUUUCACCCCUGCCUGCAGUUCUGCCCUGCUCUAGUAAUGACUUUUCUUAUACUGUAGGUCCAAAGGGGUUUUUUCCCUGCUUCUCCAGCAUAAUGAACGUUUUAAGCCUCUCAUCCCUCAGUUUUUCCUUCCUUUUGCCAGGUAGAAGUUGACAGUGAUCCCCACUCAGCCAAAGCCCUAAACAUUCACUUUGUUCUGCUGGUGGAAGGAUGAGAACCAGCUUCCAGGGUCUCUAUUUCAGCCUUUUGUUCCAACACUUCCUUCCUUUUCUUUCCUCAUGUGAAAUCCUCUCCCAAGAGCUCCCACAGCAGCAGAAAACCAGCUUCAUGAGGCCACCUGCAUUUCCUGGAUUAGGUACCACAGGAUUUUGCUGUUCACCUUUGCCAUCAAACUGAUCAUCUCUGCCUAAGCAAAGCAAGGUCCAGUUUAAUUGUAAAAUCAGUCUUUCAGAAAUGACAUCUCUCGUGUUACAAAUUUAUCAGCGUUUCCAUCGUGUAGGGACUCCACACACUGUUUUAAAUCCUGAAAUUCCUCUGUUGCUGAUAGACUUCAACUGUGCAGAAUGUAUUAAAGUGAUUAAAAUGUUGAUAAUAAAAACCCUUUUCACCCUCUGAAUUGUACUUGCUUUUGUUUUGGUAGAAAUGUAAAUAAACAAAAAUAAAUAAAUAAA